AAAAGGAGGAAGAUGGCGGCGCCGAGGUAUCCCACGCCUCUGCACGGGCACGUGGGGCGCGGGGCCUUCAGCGACGUGUAUGAGCCGGCGGAGGAUACGUUCCUGCUGCUGGACGCGCUCGAGGCGGCGGCGGCCGAGCUUGCGGGAGUGGAAAUAUGCCUAGAAGUAGGGUCGGGGUCUGGCGUGGUAUCUGCAUUCUUAGCCUCAAUGAUAGGCCCACAGGCAUUGUACAUGUGCACUGAUAUCAACCCAGAGGCAGCAGCUUGUACGCUGGAGACAGCACACUCCAACAAAGUCCACAUUCAGCCUGUAAUCACAGAUUUGGUCAAAGGCUUGCUACCAAGGUUGAGGGACAAAGUUGACCUUCUGGUGUUUAACCCCCCCUAUGUAGUGACUCCACCUGAAGAGGUGGGAAGUCGCGGAAUAGAGGCGGCUUGGGCUGGUGGCAGGAAUGGCCGAGAAGUCAUGGACAGAUUCUUGCCGCUGGCUGCAGAUCUGCUCUCACCGAGAGGGUUCUUCUACCUGGUCACCAUUAAAGAAAACAAUCCAGAAGAAAUUUUGGAAACAAUGAAGACAAAAGGUCUACAGGGCACCACUGCACUUUCCAGGCAAGCUGGUCGAGAAAUCCUUUCAGUCCUCAAGUUCACCAAGUCCUAAUAUACAGCAUGUGCUGGGAACUACUGAAAGCUGCAUGCAUUCAGCGUGUGUUGAAACUGACAUCAUUCCUUUGUUUAUCAGAAUAUUUGUCAGAAAUUUGUCAUGUAGAAAAAGGUGGAAGAGUGGGGCAUUCCUUUCACUCAGAAAUCAGGCCUAUAGAGAGAUUUAUACAUGUAAAUAUGUCAUAUAUAAAAUUUGUUUUUUGUAUAUAAAAGUUUUUUAUAUGUAUGAAAGGACAUUCAUGUCAGCAUUAUUUGUAAUAGCAGUUGAGUCAACCUAAAUGUCCAUCAGUAAGGGAAUUGGCUAAAUAAUGGCCAAGUACAGUACCACCACGUCACUGAACAUGCAGCCAUUACAAACAGUCAGGUCUGUGUAUACUGAGCCAGAGGGGUCCAUGUUGUACUAUGUGGUAAGGUAGGGAUUUGGGGGUUGGUCAAGGAAGAGACAGGACCACAAGAAGCAGUAACACACAGCUCUUGGACAGGGUUGUGUGAAGGGAGAGACCCUCCCAGCAAGUGACCUUCUAGAGAUAGCUCAAGGCCACCACACCAAAGAGGAAUAGGGCAAGGAACCUCCUGGGGCAGAGGGGGAAGUUAAAGAGGGGGUGUCAUGGAGUGAAUUGUGCCUCCCCAGAAUAUAUGGUGGAAUUCUAGCUUGGAAGUUCAACCUACUGGUGGCUCCACAGGAGAAAAGGUCUGGCGAUCUGCUUCGGUAAAGAUGGCAGCCUAGGAAACCCCAUGGGGCAGUUCUGCUCUGCCCUAUAGGGUUGCUAUGACUUGGAACUGACAGCUCACAACAGCAGCACCACCUAUGGAUGUAAUCCUGCUUGGAAAUAGGGUUUUCUUUGUUAUGUUAAUGAGGCCAUAUCAGUGCAGGGUGUGUCCUAAACCUAAUCACCUCUGAGCAAUAUUAAGAGCAGCAGACAAGCCAGCGUAUACAGAGGAAUAGAGACAUUAUCCAAAGUCAGUGAAGGCAGCUGGGUCUGCAGUCCCAGGAACUCCACGGAUUGCCGCUACUGGAAGCUGAAGUCGACUUGACUGCAAAGAGUUUGGUGUGGGGUGGGGUGGGGUGUGGUGUGUGGUUUGGUUUAGAAGCUGAGAUAGAGAAGAAAGGACCUUGUCCUAGAGCCAUGCUCUGAACUUGGACUUCUAGCUCCUGAACUGUUAGAAAAUAAAUUUCUGUUCUUUAAAGCUACUUGUGGUAUUUGGAUAAAUCUCUAGCAAGAUUGAUCAAGAAGAAAAAGAAGGCAUAAAUAAGCAGUAUUAGGAAAAAACAUAGUGUAAGAAGAACCAUAACAUCACACAUAACUUUAUGCCAAUAACUGUGAAAACAGAUGAAAUAGAAAAUUUUCUAAGAAAACUUAUGAACACUAACUUGUGAAAAAGUAGGGCCCUUAAGUGAAUCUAUAUCCAUUAAAGAAAAUGCUUUAGCUGAGUAUCUACCCACUGCUUCUCCCACAAACAAAAGCACCAGGCCCAGGUGAUUUUACAGGCACUUUUUACCAAUGUUCAGGAGUCCUGGUGCCACAGUGGUUAAGAGCUUGGCUGCUAACCAAAAGGUCAGCAGUUGAGCCGCUCCUUGGAAACCCUAUGGGGACAGUUCUGCUCUGUCCUACAGAGUCAGAAUCAACUCCACGGCAGUGGGUUUGUAUUUGGUGUUUGGUACCAACAUUCAAGGACCCCAGGUCAUUUAUGACAUUAGUGUAUCACUGAUACCAAACCAGGCAGAAACCAGAAUGAGAAAAUCAGGCAGCUCUCACUUGUGAAUAUAUAUGCAAUACAAGAUUUUCAGACUGACUUCAUUUGUGAACAAAGAUAUAAAAUUUUUAAAUCAAAUAUUUUAAAAAUCCACAAAUAUAUCAUUUGUGAUAAUAGUAUUUGUUGAUCAUGACCAGGUAGGCUUUAUGCUAAGAAUGCAAAAAUGGCUUAACAUUAGAAAAUCUUUUUGUGUAUUCACAGGAAUAGGUAGAGAAAGGGGGAAAAUAUGCAUCUUACUAGAUGUAGAAAAAACAUUUGAUAAAAUUUACCAUCCACUCAGGACUUAAAAAUAUAAGCAGGCAGAUAGAAAUGUCCUCAUCUAAUACAGAGUCUAAACCUAUAUUUUACAUUUAGUGACUUAAAAUAUUGCAGAUUAAAGCCAAGGAAAAAGGCAUGGAUGACUGCCGACUAAAGAGUCUUGCCAGUACAAUGAGAUGAGAAAACAAAAUGGGAAAUUCUCUAAGCAUGCUGCUCAGAACUCCUGUUAGGCAGACUAUGACGAAGCACGUGUUAUGCAGGAACGAAAUGUCUGUGUAUUAGGGUGAAAGCCAAAAAACCAAACCCGUUGCCAUCGAGUCUAUUCCAACUUACAGCGACCCUAUAGGACAGAGUAGAACUGCCUCAGGCUUUCCAAGGAGC